GUCACGUGACGGGAAGCGUUUGCGUUUUCAGCUGCAACCCGAUCUAAGGCUAGUCGGAAAAAUCGCACAUCCAGGCGUUCGUCCCGUAAUGGGGGACAUGAAGACCCCAGAUUUUGAUGACCUGCUGGCAGCGUUUGACAUUCCGGACAUCGACGCCAAGGAGGCCAUUCAGUCGGCGCCGGAUGAGGUGGAGGGACCUCACGGGCCCGCCGCGGCGCCUCUUGGGAAGACCGACAACACGGCGGGGUUGCCCAGCCCCUCCGACCCACAGGCGGACACGUCCAUCGUGAGCGUGAUCGUAAAAAAUAAAGUGCGCGCCGAGAUGACGGCAGGUGAAGAAGACGGAGACGCAGAGCCAGACGCCAUUGACGUCAUCGCGGGGGCGGACGGGGGUCCUCAUCUUGGCGGGAUGGCGGAACCCGAUGCGGUCAACCACAACGGUUUCGGGGCGUCGGGCGUCUCUGCCGCGCUUUCCGUCAGCCGGUCCAAUGGUGCCCCGUGGCCCCCGAACGCCCCGAAAGCAUCAGCGGAGACGUCGGGCGCGGUCGCGCUCAAGUCCGCCAAGCAGGCGGGGAACAUUUUUAACAGACUGAAGCCUCUGCUGGGCCCCGGUUCAGGAGAUCCGGUGGGCCGGGCGAGGAAGAUGCAGCUUCUGCAGCAGCAGCAGCAGCAGCAGGAAGCGGGGCAGGAGAGAGCGGACGGCCUCAAAGCGGCACUACCCUGCGGGUCUUCCGCAGGACCGGCCCCGGCUUACUUCCCGCCCGCGAAGCCUCUUCCCGCCCCGCCCGCCGCCCUUUCGUCACACGUCAAGCAUUUUAACGGCGCCCCCAAAAUGGCGGACUAUCAAGACCAAGAAAUGGAGGAGGACGAGGAGGAGGAUUCAGACGCAGAUUUGGACAGUCCGCUGGUGAUUCAGGAGAAUCCCGACUCGCCGCUUUCCACUGCGAUCAACCGUCGUUACAAGGAUCUAAGCCAGCCUGCGUCGUCCGCUCCGCCUCAGCCAAAGCCGGGGCGCACCCCCCAGGGGGCGUCUCCGCCCCCCGAGUCGGUCCCCGCGGGGAACGAGACCCCUCGGCUGGAAGAGAAGCACCCGGAGCACGUCAUCGAGGAGAGAGACUCUCCGGAGAGCCCCGAACCGGAGGCGCCCAAGUCGAGCGCUCAGGUGAGGUGUUGCGGCCCCGCCGCCACGGGCGCCGCCGCGUGCCCCGCGCCGCCUUCUUGCGAGUUGAGGGAGCCCAAGGAGGAGGAGGAGGAGAUGGAGGUGGGGAACGGGACGGACAAGACGGUCGACGGCACCGCCGACAAGGCGGAAGACGCGGGCGAGGAAAAGACGGAGGCGGACGAGGGCAAGCCGAAAGGCGUCCUCCCCGAGGGUUUCUCGCCGGCCGCCCCGGGGGCUCCGUCGCGGCCUCUCAAAGUGCGCAUCAAGACAAUCAAGACGUCCACGGGCGGCAUCACCAGAACGGUGACGAGGGUGGCCCCCAAGGGCGGCGCCGGAGGCAAAGGUCCCGAGCCGAAAGGGGGCAGUGAGCGCAGGGUGUUGGCGAGCAAAGCGGCCAAGGCUGACCAGCAGCAGCAGCAGCAGCUGGCGGUGCCGGCGUCGGCGCUGGCCGCCAGCAGCGUCAUGCUCGCCGCCGCCAGCAAAGUACAAAGCAAGAUGGGCGCCUCCGACAAGGCCAAGGUUUCCGUCACCGCCGUCAACGUGACCAAAUCGGCCGCUCUGCCCGCCACGCCCAAGUUCUCCGGGAUGGGCGCGCGGACGGCGGCCAAGGCCUCGGCCAACGGCGCCGCCCCCCAGUCGAACAAGCCGGCGUCCAUCGUGAACAGCGCCGGCGCCGUCAUCUCCCGCAGCCAGUCCAGCCUGGUGGAGGCUUUCAACAAGAUUCUCAACAGCAAGAACCUGCUGCCCAGCUACAAACCCGACCUGUCGGCGGCGCCGCCCCCGGAGUGGGGGCUCCCGCUGCCGGCGUCGGGCUACCGCUGCCUGGAGUGCGGCGACGCCUUCGCUUUGGAGCGCAGCCUGGCCCGCCACUACGACCGGCGCUCGCUGCGCAUCGAGGUGACGUGCAACCACUGCGCCAAGCGGCUGGCCUUCUUCAACAAGUGCAGCCUCCUGCUGCACGCCCGCGAGCACAAGGAGCGAGGCCUGGUCAUGCAGUGCUCGCACCUGGUCAUGAGGCCCGUCACCGUGGAGCAGAUGAUCGGCCAGCAGGACGUCACGCCCGUCGGUAGUAAGCGCAAAAACCCCGCCGCCGCGCCGCAGGUUCUCCUUUGGCCGGAGGGGAACCUCCCCUUUAACUGCGCGACUUUCCCACCAGGUGUGCUGUCCUCCCCCUCUGCCGCCGCCGGCUCCAGCCCAAUGAAGGACGGAGCGGCGGCGGCGGCCGGCUCGGCUCCGCUGCGCCAGGUGCGCCGACCGGCUCAGGGCCCUCAGGCGCUGAUGCCGCUGCCCUGCAAGAAGGCCGACAACCUGCAGUACAACAACUACAAGUGUCCCGAGUGCCAGACGCAGUUCUCGGGCAAGGCGGCGCUGGUCGCGCACUUCCAGCAGAUCAGAGCUUCGCCCAAUUCGACGUGCUCCCAGUGCUCUCCGCCGAUGAUGCUGCCCAACUCGUGCGCCGUCUCCGCCCACCAGAGGAUCCACAAGCACAAGGCGCCUCACGUGUGCCCCGAGUGCGGGGGCGCGGCGCGGCAGGCCGUCUUCCGGACCCACCUGGACGAGGCUUGCCUGCACUUUGCCAGGCGCAUCGGCUACAGGUGCUCCAGCUGCCAGGUGGUGUUCGGCGGCCUGAACUCCAUCAAGUCUCACAUCCAGACGGCCCACUGCGAGGUCUUCCACAAAUGCCCCAGCUGCCCCAUGGCCUUCAAGUCGGCCCCCGGCGCCCAAAGCCACAUGGGCGCGCAGCACCCGGCGCUCGCCGGCGGCCAGGCCAAGAUGAUCUACAAGUGCGUGAUGUGCGACACCGUUUUCACCCAGAAGCCCUUGCUCUACAUGCACUUUGACACGCAUCUGGCCAAGCAGAAGGUGCACGUCUUCAAGUGUCCCGACUGCACCAAGCUGUAUGCGCAGAAAGGCUCCAUGAUGGAGCACAUCAAGACGGCGCACAGAGGCCCCGCGGCAAAGCAGGAAGCCGCAUCCGACACCCCCGCCGCCGCCGCCGUCCCCGCGACCGGUCCCAAGGCCAAGCCCGACAACUCCGACGGCGAGGACUGGGGGCGAGACCGCGAGGAGGAAGAGGACGACGACGACGACGAGGAAGACGACGAUGACGACGACGACGGGGACGAAGACUACGAAGGGCCCGGCUCGGGCGCGGCGGGAGCCACGCCCGGCGCCCCCACCGAGUGGACGUGCCCGCAGUGUCAGAGCACCUUCGCCGACAAUGACGACUACGUCAGCCACGUCAAGUUGGAGCACGGGAAGUUCCCCUGUCGCAUUUGCGGGGGCAACUUCAGCACGUCGUCCAGCCUCAGACGUCACGAGAGGGUCAUUCACGAGGGCAACAAAAGGGUCUUCCAUUGCCAGUAUUGCACGGAGGGUAAACGCACCUUUGGCAGCCGCUUCCUGCUGGACAAACACAUCCGGCUCAAGCACAGAGGCACCGAAGGACAGGCAGUCCCGAUGACCCGGAAGCGCGCCGCCACGGGCGCGGAAGGUCCCGGCAGCUCCUCGGAGCAAGACGGCGAGGGGGCGGCUCCCGGCGGCAGGCCGGCGGACGGGGAGGACGAGCCCCCGGAGGACGGCGAGGAAGGGGGCUCGGGCCCCGCCAAGAGAAGCCGGGCCUCGGCCGAGCCGGAGGAGGAGAGCGGCGGCGGCGGCGCCUUCCGCUGCGUGCCGUGCGGCUUCUCCACGGAGGACGGCGCCGAGUUCCAGCGCCACAUCCCGCAGCACCGCGCCGACGCCGCCUCCUUCCAGUGCCCGCAGUGCGGCGUGUGCUUCGCGUCGGCCGGCUCGCUGAGCCGGCACCGCUUCAUCGCCCACCGCGUGCGGGACGCCCAGGGCGACGCGGACCGCGGCGCGGGACGGGCGUCCCCGGACGGCUCGCCCCGCGCCGGCGCCGCCUCGCCUCCGGCUCCGGGCGAGGAAGGCGACGGCAACCUGAUCUGCAGGGUGUGCGGGCGCCGCUUCGACAAGGCCUCGGAUCUCAACACCCACUUCCGGACCCACGGCAUGGCCUUCCUCACCGCGCACAAGACCGACAAGCCCCAGUAGGACGCCGCCGGGCCGGUCUUGCUUCUCAAAACAUUUGGGCUCUGGGGGAGGACCCUCUCAUGAUCCUAAUGGCAACUCGGCGGCAAUACCACAUGUGGCCCUGAAUGCCAUUCCAACGAUUUCAAUUCCCAUAACCCGUUCAAUGGGAAGGCGCUUCAAAGCAAUUCACUUCAAAUCCAUAAGAUAGCGGCAAAGCACUACUUUCCCAUCGCAGAGUCGAAAUGACAUGAAUACUCACAUUUCAACAUACCCGUCACCAAGAUGCUAUACGAAGCGAUACCGGUAGACAGCACCCGGUUAGGUUUUUCGGUAAAUGGCGACGAAAUAAACGAAACACAAAUUAAGCAGGGGAUAAAACUUUAUAUCAAAAACGAAUGUUCAAAAAACACACACUAGCAUUCGUGAGAUAAAGCGAUCGAGUCCUGUUGUGAACAGUGGAAAAACGGAAGUGACUGACGUCGGCACCCCACAAGUUUCUUUUCUCCUCAACUGUAAAUAUACCAGAAACCAUUCGGGCGGGGGGGGGGGGGGGGGGGGCACCCUGAACCGGCUGCUAGCCAAUCGCAGGGCACACGGAUGAACGACCGUCCGCGCUCACACUCGCGCACGCCGCGGGACAAUUUGGAGUGUUCAAUCGGCCUGCCGAGCAUGUUUUUGGAACGUGGGAGGGAAGCCGCGCGGGCCCGGGGAGAACGUGCAAACUCCACACAGGGAGGCCGGAGCCGGAAUUGAACCCGGUACCGCUGCGCUGUGAAGUCGACGCGCGAACCGCCGACCCGCCAACAUUGGCCUCAAAUAAAUGUACAUAUUUAAUUUUCAUAUAUGUGCGCAUGUGACAACCGACCCAGGUUGUUCCUCAGUAGGCGUCACGGUUCAGCUUGCUUCCUUGACACCAAUGACCGACUUCCUAAUAGCCAGGACGACAAUACAAAAACGUGAGUAGCUAAUAAAGUACAUCACAAUAAGAUCAGAGCUUUUAAUUGGUCCAAAGCUCAGGUGGAGAAAUAUUGUCUGGCACGCCGCACGUAAAGGUUUGCACUUUUGGAGGGGCGCGGGGGGGAAUAAUAAUAAUAACAAUUCGAUAUAUUAAAAAAAAAAUCUUUCUUUUGCAGAGCCCAGUUGUAAGAACCACUGCUCUCGAAUGUUUGAACGAUCGCACUCUUGUUGCAUGCUCCCUUUUGAGCGAAACACGGCCGCCAUUCUACUGACCUCCCCGGAACUCGGAUUUGUACUCGUCAUAUUUAUUAUUUAUCGAACACUGCCGCGAGCUGGCCAGGAUCAUUUGUGAUGUUGUUGUUCAUUAAGACGCUAGAAGAAGAGGAGGAACAAGUGGGUAGUAUGUGCUUUUUGUUCUGUAAAUACAUAAUUACACUACAAGAAAAAAAACUUACGAUAAUGUGAAUACGUGUAGUAUUUGUACCGUACCGUUCCUUUUUAUUCCAAGUAUUAAACAAACACCCUACUAGGAGGAAGUCAAUGUGCAUCGAUACAUUUCUUUUGUAACACUUGGAAGAAGAAGAAGAAGAAAAAAAAACAUUUCAGUCUUGUUUUUAUCUUUUUAUAUACUGUACGUGUCAUAUUUAUAUAGACGGAUGAUAAUAGCGGAAGGUUCAUGUUGGGUUUUGUUUUCCCCAUGGUUGUGGUCUGCUUGCUGAAAAUGCCAUCCAUUCACUUUUGUGCAGUUUUCAAAUAAAUGUCAAAGAGACUUCGAUUUGGAUCUGAUUGUCAACAUCGGACGAAAAGGAGAGAAGGCAUCGGCUUCUCCCCCCCUGACAUGACUGGUGAUUUCCUUUUUUUUUUUAUCUUACGCAGCUUUGAAAUAAUCUCUGCGAGCAUUUCAUCACAGAAAGCAACGCAAGCACCCUGAUGGCUGCCGCAUUUGAAUGUUUUGACAUUUGCGACUGAGAUUUUUUCUCAUUUAAUAUCGGUAUUACUUUAUAUGAGUCAUUUCAAAUAAUUUUCACAUUUACAAAAACGUCUUAUUUUAUUGGGCGGAAAAUCACUUUUGAGAAAUGUGUUGAUCCAUUUCCAUUACGUUCUUUCAUUUCUACCAGUGUCAUAUAGUAACAGACAAAGCAAUGCAACUGAUUUGCCAUU